AUGGAUCGUGUGCAUGCAUUGCAGUCGCAGUGGGUUAAUCUCCCGCAGCCACGCAAAAUGAAGGCCCUUCGCAUCAUUGCUGCCGUCUGUUACGCUAUUGCCCUUUUCUUUCUUGUGAUAUUUACAUUUGGCGGCACUACAACCGCCAGUAGAACACCAGAAGCGGCAGUUAUCUUUACAGAGGCAACACCAGGGGGUAUCGCAGCACUACGGUACUUGUCGCUUCGACGAGAUGUUAACAUCGCCGCCGUUGUAAUCGCCAUCAAUGCGUGGAAUGUUAAUGUAAAUGCUGCACAUGAUAAUAUUCGUGCUUUUCUCGCAGCUAUGCGGGAGGAGAAAACACUUCACUAUGAUGUUCCAGUAUACUAUGGGAACAGUCUGGCACAGGUAAACGCACAUUUCUUAGAUGAUAUAGCAUAUACUACAGACACCAAUCCUUCCACAGGAGAGAGAAAUAUGAAUACUACCUCAUGCACCUACAGACGAGUACUUAGUCCUGAUAUCUUAAUGGACGCGGAUCGCCUCUUUGGUGGAGCAGAAUUGCUUGAUACUGUACAAAUUAGUGCCCCUACUUCAUCUUCCUCAAAAGAUAGCAAAAACAAAAAUAGUAAAAUCAGUCAAUUAGAGUUCUUUGAAGAACCCUUGUCGAGCUAUUUGGUGCAAAACACGGCAACGUUUCUGGUAUUAGGUCCAGCAACCGAUGCGGCAUGGUUCUUGCAACGACACAGCGAACAUAGAAAUCAUGUGAAUUCUAUUUUCUUUGCUGCUGGUGCUCUCACAUCUGACACAGAUCUACGUUUUGUGUACCCACCAAAUCGUCGUGCAGAACAGCACGCUUUCUUUGAUCCUCAUGCAGCAAAUUAUAUCGUAAGUGGUGCUCAUCGUAUUCCAGUAGAGAUGUUACCGUUAGAUGCCACACCGCAAUGGCCAAAGGACUUGUAUGAUUCUUAUGUUACCUCACGUGCAUCUUUGUCGUCUACAUCAUCCUCUAAAGUUCCAGUUUCUGCACAAGUGGUGGCACGUGCAAUUGAAGGCUACAGCAGACGACUUCGAACAGAUGUACCGCUGCCUGUUGCAGUGACAGCAGCAGCCUACUUUGCGGAUAUUCAUGUACGUGACAAGGCAACAGUAGCAGAGAUACCGAUUUUAGUGGCCAAUGGCGUUUCCAUGGCUACUGAUGGUACAGUUGGAACGCCAAGUAAAACACAGCAGCAUAGUGAAGUCUUUAAAGUGAAGGUUAUUAUGCAUUUGCAGGAAGCAACCUUCUGGAAACGUUUUGAGGCCGUGGAUAAUUUAGGAAAAUGA